GCUAUGGAUGUGAGCGACAAUGUAGGUGACCCUCGCACCUGUAGUUGUCUCUUCGCCUGUUCUAGAUUACAUUAUAUGUGACUUUUAUAGCCACUCGGUUCCCAAUUCUUACAAUUUUCUGACUUUGUGCCUAGAUGGUAAUUUGUGUGCUUUGCGUCAGUAUAUGAGUUAGUUCCUUCAAAGAUUAAUAUAUAGAGAAAGUGGAUGAUUUUUUGUACGAUGCCAGAGAUUCCCAUCCACUAAGUUGCAUGAAUAAAUAAUAUUGUAUGUUUAAAUUUUGCAAGCUUGGAAAUUAGGUCGAGAAUGUGGCUGUGAGUGCGAUAGACAAGAACUUUUGCUGGAAGUUGGUGUGUAGAGUCUUGGAAGUGUGGCAGCAGUAUUGUUUCUUUAAUAUGAUGUUAGUGCCCAAGUUGAAAUGUUUAUGGACCUGUCUCUUCAGUUAUGUUAAUGUACUUGAUCAUCAUUCAUUUUUUCGAUCACUGAGCUGUGUGACUUUUUAAGGUUCUAGUAUAACUCGUGCUCUUUUCUAUACUGAUAGGAUCAUUAUUUAGCUUCAUUUGAUUUAGACCCGUCCUCAUUUCCUCCUAGUUCUCCAUUUUAGUAAGAUUAGUGUUUUGUUCUAUGCUUUCUAUUUUCUUGCUAUAAGCUUUUUAACAUUAAUUUACUUGGACCUCAGCUGAGGAGGUUGACCUCUCACAAGAUGUGCAGCAAUGGGAAACUUUAUCUAAAUCUGAAAAGCACUUUAUAAGUCAUGUGCUGGCAUUUUUUGCUGCAUCAGAUGGAAUUGUCUUGGAAAAUUUGGCUGCUAGAUUUCUCAAUGAUGUGCAGAUUCCAGAGGCUCGGGCAUUUUAUGGAUUUCAAAUGGCAAUGGAAAAUAUACAUUCUGAAAUGUACAGCUUACUUCUGGAGACAUACAUCAAGGAUUCAGAAGAGAAGAACAGAUUGUUCAAUGCAAUUGAAGAUAUUCCUUGCGUUGCACAGAAGGCAAAGUGGGCCUUGCAUUGGAUUAAGAGUUCGAGCUCAUUUGCAGAGAGACUUGUUGCUUUUGCAUGCGUUGAAGGAAUUUUCUUUUCCGGGAGCUUUUGUGCGAUAUUUUGGCUUAAGAAGCGGGGAUUGAUGCCAGGCUUGACAUUCUCGAAUGAACUUAUUUCGAGAGACGAGGGACUUCAUUGUGACUUUGCUUGCCUUCUAUACAGUACAUUACGGAAUCAACUGCACUGGCAAAAGGUUCAACUUAUUGUACAUGAAGCUGUUGAAAUUGAGACCCAAUUUGUUUGUGAUGCCCUUCCUUGUGCAUUGAUUGGAAUGAAUUCUGAGCUAAUGAGUCAGUAUAUCAAGUUUGUUGCUGAUCACUUGCUGGUUGCUUUAGGGUGCCCGAGGAAGUAUAAUGUUCAAAACCCCUUUGAUUGGAUGGAAUUUAUAUCUUUACAAGGGAAAUCUAACUUCUUCGAGAGAAGGGUCGGGGAUUAUCAGAAGGCUUCUGUUAUGACAAGCUUGCGAGUCGAUUCAAAGAAUUAUGAGUUCAAAUUGGACGAUGACUUCUAGUCACUUUGAUUGUUUUGCUUCCUAUUAAUAUCAACUCGAUGUGGAAAUUAUCAUAUCAUUCUAUUGUAAAAUUUCGAUUAUUUUUGGAAAAUUGUUAAGCUGUGUACUCUGUUAUUGUCCU